AUGCGGCUGACCGGUUUAUGGGACGAAGCUUACGCGGAACUCGAAAAGGAACAUCCAAAAUUGGUACAUUUCUACGAAACGGACCUGUUAGCAGGUGCUUCUGAUCAAUCAGAAGUUGACCUCGACCGGCAGAAGCAACUGGCGACAUUGGUUCAGAGCAAGCUCAAAACCAUCGAAGCCCAUGUAGGUCUUUCGCUGGGUGGUAGCCAGAUAGUCGUGCGAGACCAGGCACGCAAGGUUGCUCGCAUGAUCGUGGGCGUGAAAGAUUUCAUUUCAGCGGCCGUUAGUGCAGAGCCGCAUGCUUCCCUAGCAUGGGCUGGUGUUUUAGUGCUUAUACCGAUACUUUUGAAUCUCAUCACACAGCAUGAUGACGCGGCACAGGGCGUUGAGUACAUCUCGGACCUCCUUAUUCGGCCGGCAAUCGAGCUGAAAGAGCUAUGCGCAUCUAUCCGUGGGAAAACUAUCCGGCUAUAUUCGGAAAUCUUGCAAUACGAAAUCCGCCUCGCAAAACAGUACUCCCACGGAGCAAGUUUUCAUGCUUUGAGGGACUUUGCAGUCGCUGAUAAUUGGAAAGAGAUGCUCACGAGUGUCAAGACGUUGGAGCAGAGUAUAAAGACCGAUCUGGAAACGCUUGGUGAUGAUACCGCAAAAAGAAUUGAUACGACAGUAGCAGAGAUGAUGGUGAAUCUUAAACAAACAAGGGACGAUUUGCAGGACUUGAAGCAGGCACAGAUUCUACAAAGUCUACCACUGCUGAGAGGGCUUGUUCCAAUUCCUUCAAGGACCAACACAAACCCCGAUGCUUGGAAGGGACACAGCUCAGGAUCCUCGAACAAAUUCAAGCUUGGUGCGAUGAGCCUACCGAAAAGCCCAUCUUCUGCCUUCAAGGAAUGGCUGGCACAGGCAAAUCGACCGUUUCUCGAACAUUGCAUUAUCCUUGGAGGAAGCUUCUUCUUCAAUCAUGCGGAAUAUGAUCGCAACAAUGCCAAAAUGUUUUUCACGACCCUGGCUAGGCAUUUGAAAGACUCGGUACCGGACACCAGAAUGGCAAUCUCAGAGGUGAUAUCUCGGAAUCCCGGGAUUGCCACAGAGUCACUGAGUAAUCAAUGGAAGUAUUUGAUACUACAACCUCUGCUCAGGCUGGAAUCAAACCUCCCAUCGCCUCGAACCCUGGUUUUCGUCAUUGAUGCACUGGAUGAAUGUAAGGAUCGAAAUGAUUUGGAGACAAUUGUACAACUUCUGAGUCAGUUUACGAAGUUGAAGAAACUUCGAAUCAGGGUUUUUAUCACCAGCAGACCAGAGAUUGAUAUCCGAAGAGCAUUUCAACAGGUGCCAAAGGGUACUCUUCGUGAUGAAAUUCUCAGCAAAGUCAUUACCAUGGAAGCCGAGAACAAGUUCAAGGACUAUAUUACUCGUUUAUUAGAGUAUGAGCUUUCUCAAGUGAGCACAAAGCAUUGCCUUGGUGAACACUGGCCAGGGAAUGACAAAAUAGCAACGCUCGUAAGAAAGUCUGAUGGCUUAUUCAUCUACGCCGCCACAGUGUGUCGUUUUUUGGGAGGAAAUAACUUGACAAAAAGCCGGGUCAAAACACGUCUUGAUAUGAUUUUGGAAGAUGAGUAUGCGAAGAAUUCUCCACAAAAAAGCUUGGAUGACGUAUAUCGACGGAUUCUGGAGGUUUCUGUGAUUGGAGACGCAGAUGAGGUUGAAGAGAGAGACAUUUUGGGGAGUUUCAGGCGCGUUGUUGGAUCGAUUGUCGUCCUCUUUGACCCACUUUCGACUGGAACGCUUGGGGACUUACUGAGUAUCCAGAAGUCAGAUAUCGAGGAGACGUUGGAGGGACUGUACUCCGUGGUCACUGUGCCAAAAACAGGGGAUAUGCCUAUCCAGCUUGUCCAUCUUUCCUUCCCUAACUUUUUCCUGGGCGAUAAUCGAUGUGCUGAUACUCGCUUCCACAUUGAUGAGUCUGAAGCCCACCGCCUCCUUUUUGGGCAUUGUGUGAAAGCUAUGUCCAAUACUCUGAAACGCGAUAUUUGCUCCCUCAGGAAGCCUGGCAUUUUCAAAAGAAGGAUGAAGCAUCUCCUCAAAGUAAAGAGCGAUGUUGGCUUUGAUGAAACGGAGGCGUUCUUGAAUGCGCAUCUCACACAUUGGCUUGAAGCGAUGAGCUUGAUCGGAUUAAUGCGAGAAGCUGUCAGUUUGGUAAUAGAGCUGUUUGAACAUGUUUCUGUACCACAAAAAAGAGUCCAUACAGAGCUAUACGGUUUCCUCUAUGACGCUAGACGGUUUGUUCUCAAUUUCCGCGCUGUCAUCGAAGAAGCUCCCCUUCAAGUCUAUUGCUCUGCCCUCUACUUUGCACCAGAGGACUCCAUCAUCCGGUCAAAGUUCUGGUAUGAAACUCCGAUUUGGAUACAUCAAUUCCCUACCAUGGAAAAGGAAUGGAGCUCCUUGCUUCAGGUUCUUGAGGGUCACCGUCAGAGGGUGCAAAUUGUAGAAUUUCCCCCCAAUGACAGAUUCAUUGCAUCUGCAUCCGACGACAGAACAAUAAAAAUAUGGGAUAGUGCCACAGGGGCUGUAUUGCAGACGUUUGAAGGAUAUCGGGAACCGGUAAUUUGCGUCGCAUUCUCGUCCACAAGCAAGCUGCUAGCAUCUGGGGGGCAAGACGGUGCUGUAGUAAUAUGGGAUAUCUCUCUAGGUUCUUUGCUGCGGACCUUCGAACGCAAGGGCCCCAUUACAGCUGUGACUUUCUCCACGGAUGAUAAGAUGGGGGCUUUUGCGUCCGACAAAGGAAUAUUUACAUGGGACUUGAGGGAAGCAGUUGUGGUGUUUGCACUCCGGGCACGUAAACCUUGCUAA